CCCCGUGUUCCCACUACACGUUCUUUUUGCCCGUUCUUUAUCACCGUCGGCCAUCAUGGUCAAGAAUGUUUGUUCGAAGACUUAUGUCACUCCGAGGCGUCCUUUCGAAAAAGCUCGAUUAGAUCAAGAGUUGCAACUUAUUGGUCAAUUUGGUUUACGUAACAAACGGGAAGUAUGGAGAGUAAAAUUAUCCCUUGCCAAAAUUCGUAAGCGGGCUCGAGAUUUGCUGACUCUUCCAGAGAAAGAUAACAGACGGUUAUUUGAAGGAAACGCACUUCUUCGUAGACUUGUUCGAAUUGGUGUUUUAGACGAAAGCCGUAUGAAACUCGAUUAUGUGUUGGGUUUAAAAGUUGAAGAUUUCUUAGAGAGACGUCUCCAAACACAAGUAUUUAAACUUGGACUAGCUAAAUCUAUCCAUCAUGCUCGUGUUAUUAUUAGACAAAGGCAUAUCAGAGUUCGAAAACAACUAGUAAACGUACCCUCAUUCCUGGUAAGAUUGGACUCACAAAAACAUAUUGACUACCGUCAAAAUUCCCCAUAUGCUGGUGGUAGAGCUGGACGUGUUAAACGUAAGAAUGCCAAGAAAGGUGGUGGUGAUGAUGAUGGUGAAGAAGAGGAGGAUUAAUUUCCAACUUCACCAACCAAUAAUAAACCUUGUAAAUUAUUUGGUGGAAUAAAUUACAGACAAGGGAA